GCCAUUCUCAGCAGCGCAUCAACCGGAAACGUCUGUGUUGUGGCGGAAGGAGAUGCUUUCUGGGAGCAGCCGGUGCUGAAAGAAGCGUGGCGGGCAAAGAUGAUUCAGGCGAUUCUGGUUUUCAAUAACCACGGGAAACCGCGGCUGGUCCGCUUCUACCAGCGUUUCCCAGAAGAAAUUCAACAGCAGAUUGUUCGAGAGACCUUCCAUUUGGUUCUCAAGCGGGAUGACAACAUCUGUAACUUCUUGGAGGGUGGAAGUUUGAUUGGUGGCUCUGACUACAAACUGAUUUAUCGGCACUAUGCCACCCUCUACUUUGUAUUUUGUGUGGAUUCAUCAGAGAGCGAACUUGGGAUCUUGGACCUCAUCCAGGUUUUUGUGGAGACUCUGGAUAAAUGUUUCGAAAAUGUUUGUGAAUUGGAUUUGAUCUUCCAUAUGGAUAAGGUGCACUACAUCCUUCAGGAGGUGGUGAUGGGUGGAAUGGUGUUGGAAACAAACAUGAAUGAAAUCGUGGCUCAGAUUGAAGCCCAAAACAAGCUGGAGAAAUCAGAGGGUGGCCUUUCAGCAGCGCCUGCCCGGGCCGUGUCUGCUGUGAAGAAUAUCAACCUGCCAGAGAUGCCUCGGAACAUCAACAUUGGCGAUCUCAACAUCAAGGUCCCUAACCUGUCCCAGUUUGUCUGAGGGUGGAAGACAGCUGACCUGAGUCCUUGGAACCAGCAAGGCCAAGCCAGGCCGGCAACAGAACUCACCCUGCGCCCUGGAGGAGUCCGGCCUUGGGCCCUGGCCCCUGCUGUCCUGGAGUGGGGAGGAGUCCUGUGCCCACUGCCAGCCUGUGCUCUCUUCUCACAUGUGCAGCCUCACCUGCCUCUCAUACAUGCGGCCUCUCAGGUGUGAGGGGUCCUGGCUUCCUCAGUGGGGGUCAGGUGCCCAAGUCACUUGCCCCCUUACCUUCCACAUGCAACCACUCCCAGGCACUGGGGACUGGAGUGAGAGCCCUCCCACCCCAUUCCCAGAGCCCCACCACAAGGACAUUCUUUGAUUUGAGUGUUCAACCCUAGCACCCUGAGGUCCUGUAGCGUUGACUUUCCUGGUGAGGUGCCAGAGCUAGGAAAGGGCCGAUCCUCUAGAUUCGGGGAUGUGGUGAGUGGUAAACAGGGCCAUGAUUUUAUGAGAUCCAGAGUCGCCUACUGGCCCUCCUAGGGUUGUCACACCCAGAAUCCUUUGUAUGGCCAUGCUUUCAGAACACCACCUCCCAUGGAACACCUUGUCCCACUGCCACAGUCCUGGCGCUGCUCUCAUAGCUGUUAGUGUGCAGGACACAAUCCAAAUCAUAAACCUGGUGCCUGCCCCCCACUCUUCUGCCAACAGGGAGACCACCCCCCGCUGCAGCCAGAGGGGUCCUCCUCAAAGGGGAGAGACCCUGUGUCUGUAGAAGGCAAGCUGACAACAUGUGGAACAUCUCAGAAUUACAACUCUUCCCAAGUAUAAAAUACAUGGUCCUCACGAGGAGUGGAUGCGUCA